CUAGUCCGUUAUUAGCGUAACUUUUGUCCAAUCAUCUGGCUGGCAUUGCAGGAACCGGAUAUGGAAUUAGAGGCAAUCUCUGAAUCAGUCAAUGGGAAGAAUCUAACAAUGUUUAGCUUUGAGGGAGAUUUUAAGACAAGACCCAAGGUUUCCCUUGGAGGAGCAAGUAAAAAGGAAGAGAAAGCAUCUCUCCUCCUGCACCGCACUCAGGAGGAAAGAAGAAAAAGAGAGGAUGAAAGAAGACGUCUGAAGAAUGCUGUUAUUAUUCAGUCCUACAUACGUGGCUACCAGGACUUGAAACAACAGUAUGCCAUCCAGAGAGCCAGGUUUGAUGAGUGUGCCAGCCAGAUGCAGGCAGGGGGAGCUCAGCAUGGCUUGGAUGGUCCGAGUCUUUGCCUCUUAUCAAGGCAACUCAUAUUUUUUUACAGACAGAAUGUGGAUGCACAUAGAUUGACGUGGUUGUGCCAAAAUAUGGUGAAACACAACAGUCAGUUUGUGAAGCUGUUAGUGGGCCCGCAGAAGCAGACAUGUAUGUUUCAGAUCAAGAGGAUUUUAGGCUUUUGCUGCAGACUCCUGCAGAACUGCAAGGAUGAAAGUUUAAAUGUGGCGGUUCCUAUGCGGAUGCUAGAAAUCUUUUCUUCAGAGAGAACCUAUCUUCUAGUUAUUUCAGAUGCUAACUAUGUUGCUUUGUUACUCGAGCAGAUUUUGCACUAUGUAGUACAGAAAGGAUACUACAGGUCGCUGUAUAUUCUUGUGAAUUACAGACUCCCUUCCAGUCUGGAGUACAGCGAUGCUCCUUCUGUCCCUCUGGCAAGCACACUGUUGGAGCACAUCCUCAAGCCUCUGCACUUUACUUAUUCCUCCUGCAUGACAGGCGCAAGGCAGUCUGUUUUUGCAGCCUUUACUAAGGAGUUCAUCUCUGCACCGUUUACCGAGCAGAUCUUUCACUUCUUUAUCCCGGCGCUGUCCGACCUCAGCUUCUCAUUCCCAUUCGAAGCCUUCCUCAGCUCCCUCCAGGCCAUCAUCAGCUCCUCUUCAGCAGCACAGAGCCAGGCACCAUGGCUGUUUUAUUUUGUCCUCUCUGUAGGAGAGAACUGCUUAGGCUCACUGUCAGAGGAGGGUCUCCUGCUGUACCUGCGGGCCCUACGGACGCUGCUGCCGCUGCCUGGAACCAGCAGCGACUCAGAAGAUGAGGAUGACGCUGGCAUUCAUCCUCCUCCCAUGCAGGACGACAGCUGCAUCUCUGUGCAGCUGAUCACAGAGGAGUGCGUCCACAAGCUGGAUACCAAGCAGCAGACUAAUGCCCUGCUCAACCUGGUGUGGAGAGAUUCAGCCAACGAGGAGGUUUUCACCAUGAUGGCAUCAAUCUGUCACACACUCAUGGUGCAGCAUCGCCUCAUGGUGCCAAAAGUCAGACUCUUGUACAGUUUAGCUUUCAAUGCACGUUUCCUAAGGCAUCUCUGGCACCUGAUAACUUCCAUGACAACGAAAAUGAUCACUGGCUCCAUGGUGCCGCUGCUACAGCUGAUCUCACGAGGGUCUCCCCUGUCGUUUGAGGACUCAAACUGCAUCAUUCCCCUCUUCUAUCUCUUCAGCUCUCUCUUCAGCCACUCACUUAUCUCUGUGCAUGACAGCGAGUUUUUUGGGCAUGAAAUGGAAGGUCAGACACAGUCCUCCAUGAUGCCCUUCACGCUGUCAGAGCUGGUGACUCUGUCUCGCUGUCUGAGAGAUGCAUGUCUGGGAAUAAUUAAGCUGGCCUACCCUGAGACCAAAACGGAGCACAGAGAGGAGUACAUGGCUGCCUUCCGCAGCGUGGGUGUCAAGACAAACACUGAGGUUUAGCAGCGCAUUCAGGCUGAGCAGCAACGCUGGGUACAGUAGUUGUUCAAAGUCAUCACUAACUUGGUUAAGAUGGUGAAAGCUCGCGACAUCAGACGACCCUUCUGUCCAGCAGGUCACUGGCUCUCUGACGAGGUCAACAUUCGAGCAGAUAAGGUCACUCAGCUGUACGUCCCUUCUGCAAGACAUGUGUGGAGGACAAGAAGGAUGGGCCGCAUCGGCCCACUUCAGUCAACACUUGAUGUCGGCUCAGAGCCUCCACAGCUGUCUGUGUCUGAAGAGAGACACCUGGCCAUCCUCACAGAGCUCCCUUUCGUGGUUCCCUUUGAGGAGCGAGUCAAGAUCUUCCAGAGGUUAAUCUAUGCUGACAAACGGGACGUGCAGGGGGAUGGGCCGUUCCCCGAUGGCAUCAAUGUCACCAUCAGACGCAACUACAUCUAUGAAGAUGCCUACGAUAAGCUCUGUCCAGAAAAUGAACCAGACCUGAAGAAAAGGAUUAGAGUCCAUCUGUUGAAUGCCCACGGUCUGGAUGAGGCAGGCAUUGAUGGUGGCGGUAUCUUUCGGGAGUUUCUCAAUGAGCUUCUCAAGUCGGGCUUCAAUCCCAACCAGGGUUUCUUCAAGACAACCAAUGAAGGUCUGCUGUACCCCACCCCCACUGCCGGAAUGCUGGUUGGAGACUCGUUUACAAGACACUACUACUUUCUAGGCAGGAUCCUAGGAAAGGCGUUGUAUGAGAACAUGUUGGUGGAGCUGCCCUUUGCCAGUUUCUUCCUGUCUAAGCUUUUGGGAACCAGUGCAGAUGUGGACAUCCACCACUUAGCCUCACUGGACCCAGAGAUGUACCGCAACCUGCUCUUUCUCAAGAGCUACGAGGGCGAUGUGGAGGAGCUGGGUCUCAACUUCACUGUGGUCAACAAUGAUCUGGGAGAAGCUCAGGUGGUUGAACUGAAGCCGGGAGGCAAAGACAUUCCUGUGACCACAGCAAACCGAAUAGCCUACAUCCAUCUGGUGGCCGACUACAGACUGAACAAGCAGAUCAGGCCUCACUGCCUGGCCUUCAGACAAGGCCUGGCCAAUGUGGUCAAUCUGGAGUGGCUGCGCAUGUUUGACCAGCAGGAGAUCCAGGUCCUGAUUUCUGGGGCUCAUGUGCCGAUUUGUCUUGAUGACCUGAAAAUGUUCACCAACUACUCAGGUGGUUACUCAGCCACUCACCCCGUCAUACAGAUUUUUUGGGAAGUGGUGGAAGGCUUCACAGAUGAGGAAAAGCGCAAGCUGCUCAGGUUUGUUACCAGCUGCUCCAGACCUCCACUGCUUGGCUUCAAGGAGCUUUACCCCGCCUUCUGCAUCCACAAUGGCGGCACUGACCUGGACCGUCUGCCCACUGCCAGCACCUGCAUGAACCUGCUCAAGCUCCCUGAGUUCUGUGACCAGCAGGUGAUGAGGAAUAAGCUGCUGUAUGCCAUCGAGUCGUCCGCCGGGUUUGAGCUGAGCUGAGGAGGGCAAAUGCUUCUCUGUCUUUACAUCCACAGACUUGACACCACAGAAAUAACUUGGGACAAAAAGACUCAAGACAGAGACAAAAAAAUAGAGGAAAAGCAAAUGAUGCACUCUGUGUUUGUGGGUGAAUGUGUGUGUGUGUGUGCGCCAAGCUGUAGGCGGAGGGGAAGGACAGACCUAAAUUAAAGGGUUGUAAGAAUGAAGUUGAGUUAUUUGUUGCUUGAAGUAUUUAAAUUGUUUAAUCACUUGUCAGAACACUUCAGAAGAACAGUUGAAUUUCCCAGGAAAUAUUACACGCUGAAAGGAGCAAUAGCAGCUGCUCUCGUAUAAAAAUCUAACAUGAAUGGACAGCUAAUUUUCACCAAAGAUUAAGUGGCAUCCUAUUAAAAAAGGCAAUAUAACAACAGAGGGACUGUAAAGCCACCCUGUGGUAGGCCAAGGGCUGCAGAGGAGUGUUUGUGUACAGCCAUCUUGUAUUUUCACAUAGAAGUCAUUGUGAUUUCUAUUACUCACAGUAAUAACUGUGUGAUAGCCAUACUACAGUAUAAGUGUGCACAUGCCAUCUGAAGUGUGCUAGUGGCUCAUAUUGCAGGACUAAAUUGGGUGAAAGUAUUGUAUGAAUAUGGAUUUGUGAAUAUGUACAUGUUUAUGUUUGUACUAUUCAUUGAGAUUUGUACAUGUUUUACUUUCUUUUGUGUUGUGAAUGGAGGCAUCAUGUUUUCUCUCUUCCAUGGUCAGUGCCCAAACAUUUGCUGAGGGAGCAGCUACCAUGCAGUAUUGGUAAGGCCUCCCAACGAUCGCUAUACUAACAGGGUGAAAAGUGUAUGGAGAUGAAUAAACCCACUUUUCUUUUUGCAUUUUACUUCUAUA